GUAUUUAUCCAAACUUCAUGUAAAAGUAGGAUUUACAAACUCUGAUUGAAAAUAUCUUUAUUUUUAUGAUGAUGAUUUUCAACUCCAGAAGGAAAGAUUAAUAAUCAUUUAUAUAAGUAAUCCUCAGAUUAAACUAUCUAAUCUAAAAGUGAAUCAAAAAUGCUAUUGAAAGUAUGUUAAUGUUAUUUAAGUAAUUCUGUAAAAGAUAAAUAUGAAGUAAUUAGUUUAUCGUUCUCUCAGAAAUCAUUAAUUUUAUAAAUUAUGGGUGAUAAUAAUUAAGAUGGUAUACAAUUAUUGAAAACUCUUCUUACAGCUGAUGUACCCGCUGAAGGAUCUGUAAUACAAUCUAUUAGAAAUGUAAUGUUCUUUUCUAUUCUUAGAAAGUGAAUUCAUUACUCAAUAACAAAUAACAGAUUUCCAUUUUGUAAGAAUUACAAUAAGCGUAUAAAUCAUUGCAAUUUAAAUUUAGCAAUCUUGAUAAUGAAUUUAAAGAAAUGACUGACAACACACUUAUGGGACUCAAUGCCAUUUAUUUUUCAUCUGUUGUACUUACAUAAUUUAUGUUUACUCGAAAAGUCAGUAAGGUUGUUUUCCUUCUCAGUUGUGCUUAUUUUAACUUCUAUAUCAUUCAACCUAUUGAAGUCGAGUACAAAUUACGUAAACUAUCCUUACAAAAUACUCUUGCAGGAUAAGAAGUCAGAAAUCUAUAUAGAUUUUACUUCAAAGAUCAUGAUUUUACUAAAGAGAUGACAGAAAAAUGCAAAUUGUAUACAUAAGCUGAUGAAAUUAAAAAAUAAAUUUAUUCCCGAAAAUUGUGAUGUUGACUAUUCUCGUGCCUUUAUAUUUUGACUUCAAUUAUAAAGAUGGUAGAAUUAGCCAAUUUAUUUACGACCACUCAAAAGGCGUUCCAUAUCGAUUUAUCGACAUGAAAUUCCUCGAAUCGAU